UUGCGGAGGUAUUACGUUUCUACCUGAUAAAAGUUUUGGUGCGAAUCAUUUACGUGUGCUUACACUAACUUGUAUUUAAAGUGAAAUUGCUACUGAAAUAAAUUACCAGCACAAGGAAGGGAUUUUUAAAUAAAUCUGAAUAAACUGAUACCUAAUAUGAUUUCAUUCUUAGAUAUUUUCAUUUUUUUUUCUACAACUGUGUUAGUGUUUUCCAAAAUCGAUGCUGUUAAAGAAAAUUGCAAUAAGGAAGAAGAUCUUCUGCAGAGAUGUGCAAUGACAUUGCCAGUACUCAGUUCACCAGAUAUAUCUUUUGCGCUUACCAGAGAAGAACUAGACAAAAGCUGCAUAGAACUUCAAUCGGGUAUCAAAUGUAUCUAUAACUAUAUAGAACAGUGUAUGGACAAAAGCGAGCAGAUAAUGUUUAGAAGAAUAUAUGCAGGCAUAACAGAUGUUGUACAAGACCUGUGUACUCGAGGCAGUUAUCAAGACGAGUAUUUAAGGCACGCUGAUUGUGUGAAGACCGUCCGGUCGGAGUACGAGACUUGCAGCAAAAACUACGAGGUUACUUUAACAUCCCUAAGCAACCAUCAGAAGAAAGAUCAGUACGAAACGGAUGGAGCAAGCCACGAUGAUUAUUUACGUACUGUUUGUUGUUCCUUUCAAGAAUACCUGACGUGUUCGGAGAGGACCGUGCAGAGGACGUGUGGAGAUGAAGCGGCCUUGUUCACAAGUGCUUUCCUCAAGCGAAUGGCAUCUAAUAUUAUUAAGAACUUUUGCUCCGAAUACCGCGAACAGGAAUGCAGUUUUGCAGACGGCGCUAAAACGAGUCACUUCAAUGUUCUCUUAUUGGCAAUUUCCACUUUAGUGACGUUAAUCCCUUACAUGUCGUCAUUAGUACCCGCGUAAAUCUAUAUAAUAUAUAAUAAAACUGUAAGUGUAUAUUUCAGUUUUCCAAUUAUGUCCGUGUCUCUUGAAAGUGGAAUGGCUUCAAGCCGAGUUGUAUGUGAACAUCAAAUAGCUGUCUAAGACAACUUUUUGAGAUAUUUUAUAAUUAGCAAAAUAUAGGUAUUGUUAGUAGUUUUAUAUUGGAUUUAUAGACGUAAAGAUUGAAAAACCGACCUCAAAUAAAUAUUAAACAAGUUUGUUAAUUAAAAGUAAUCCACGAAGUUUGAGAUAGGCAUACCUACAGAUGUUUGAUCUAUUACCAUGUUGACUUAAUGUUCGGUGGUUUUAUUACCUUAUGCUUACUGGGUGACUGAAUUUAUUAGCACAUGGAUUUCACCCGAGAAUGGUUUGAAAUUGUCUUUGAAAAGAAACCAAGUAUUGCAGCAUUAUAUACCCGUAGGAGAUACCGGAAGUUCGACACAGUAAAAGACUGACUAUGAGGGUAGAUUGAAAUUGGACUAAUCGCACAGUGACGUUUGAAAUAACGUUGAAAUAUCGUGAAACUUGAAUUUUUGAAUUAUUAUGCUCAGUAUCCCGUAACUAAUAUUGCAACAAAUCAUGAUUUUUUAACAAACAGAAAUUAAUUACUUCCUUUUUUUCUGAGGUCGGUAUAAAACAUCGGUCUUUAAUCAAAGAAAUGUUUUAUUAUUUUACUAGACGAAUACGUAAAUAUCAAAUAUAGUGUGUAUUAAGUAUAAUAAGCUUAGACAUAAAUUAUUUGUGUUUUAAAAGUAUACUUAUAAAUAAUCCAAUGUUUUUUAUGCCAAAGAAUACGAAUUGGAUUCGUGUUGUAGUAAACAAUAUGGCAUUUAGAAUUGUAUAAACCGUUCCUAAUUAAGUAAUCUUUAAUUAUACCCUUAAUAGGCAGCUGAGUAUGUUGGAUUGCAGAUAGUUUUACCAAAUGUACAAAAUCCUAUUCCCGUUAAUAUUAAUUGUGUAUUAUGGUUGCCAUUUUUGCAAUAAGUUUUAAUUAAGAACGCCUGCGCACUAGGCAGCCGCUGUCUUGAGCAGUCAGUUCUGAUUAUUCGGAAAAACUAAGACUAUACAAAACAAGCGAUUCGGAACACAACUUAAGUAUGGCUUCUACCACAAGCGCGCGAAGAGUGGAGACCAACAGACCAAGAGACGGCGACCAACACUCUGUCUGGCUGCGCAUAACCAGAUAUAAGUGGCAGCCAAGUGCAAGGGCCCCUUAAUAUACUCUAUAAUGUUUUAAUGGCUGCUCUGUUCUGACUGCCAGUGCGCCGUGGUCUAGUACAGAGAUUUAAAAAAAACUCUAAACUAGAACGAAAAAAACUUCAAACUACCUUCGCUUUGGGUCUCCUGAUUACAGAAAUUAACUACAAAAAGUUGCGAUUGUGUUCUGGUGGUUAUAACUAGAAAUUUUAACAGUACUAUUAAGCAUCUACAUAAGUUCGUUAGAUAUAAAUCAUUAUAAAUAUGAAUCAGGUAAUCUGUUUAAUUUGUAUAUUUAAUACCAGAAGUGAAGGGUAUCUCUUAAAAAAUUACAAACUUUUCAGCUAAUCUGCUAAAGUACAUUAAAUUGUAAUAACAAUUAUCUCGCCCACCCAGUUUGUAUCAAACGUCAGUCGUAAAUAAUAUAUUUAUCAAUAGCAAUGAUUAUUUGUUGGAUAGAUUCCAGAAUAUAUACAUCUUACCUAUAGAUUUAUUAUUAUAAUGUCUCAAUGUUAUUCUUAUAUUAUUUACAAGGUAUUAAUUAAUUUUUGUUCUUAAAUCUACCUAUGUACGAAUAAACUAAAUACCACAUACACGUCAUUUCAUCGCAGUGUCAUAGUAAAUCUAACAUGUUAAGUAGCGAAAUAAUUUUUGCCUCUAAUAAAAACGUUGUCGUUUGUUCAAAAAGAGCCUAGAGUACCUACAAUACUUCCUAUUACUGUAUUGUGCUAGUAUUAAGUUGAAGUUCUGUUUUACUACUUAACUGUGGCUUGAGCGACCGUAAAACAAUGCCCGGUGGAAAAUUCGCUAUAAGCCUUUAGUUACUUAAGUUCUGUGUCUAGGUUAAACAUGGUACAUUAAAAUUAAAUCUGGACGCCUGGACUAAGUUAAGGCGUACUGUUAGAAGAAAAUUAAAGUACUUGUAAUUUUUUUAAGUAGUUGUAGACAUACCUACAUACCUUACAUGUAUGUUAAAUAUAUACCUACUUAGUAUUUUUUUUUAAUUUCUAUGCACUCAUUUUAUUCCAGAUACAGCUGUUAUAUAAUAACAAUUAUAUUAUUUUAUCUGUUAUUAUAUUGUUUCGCUCAGAACUUUCUGUGAUAAUUUGAAGAAAUUGUAAUUUAUUUGGUUUUUAUUUCUAAUCAGAUGUAUUAUAAUAAAUAUGUCCAUUUAA